AUGGAUGCCGAGAGGAAGAGUGAUAAGGCGGUGAAGCUUGAACAGGAGUUACAGAACAAGGACUUCGAAGCUGAGCAACUCCGCCGAGAGCUUGAGGAUGAGCGUGAGCAGCAAACACUUCAAGAGGAACGCCACAGGCAGGAGACUAAGGAACUACGUCGGGAACUGGCAGAACAGCGCGAAACCAACCAGCGACUGAGUGCCCUCUACCACUCUCGAGUAAUGGAUGAAGACGAUGGAUAUCGCUUUGGCGUGCGCCGCAGCAAGCACAGCGCAGUUGGCUUAAACGACCAACCUCGUUGCUUUGGAAACAAGUGCACUAUCAUGUAA